CUUGAUCUUAAAUUAGAAUUAUUAAUUGAUUCUUUUAGUUUCAAAUAUCAUGCAAAUAUAGAUGGCAAAAGAUUCGAGCAUAUAAAUAUGGUACUUCAAAUUGUGAAAGUACGAUUUGAUUUUCUCUUUUCUUUGUUGUACGUAUGAUAUUAAAAGUAGAGGAAUAUGAUUCUUGAGUGUAGAAUCUUGCCUUCUACCAUGGUUCAAGUGUAAGCAAUAUAAAAAAGGGAGAUGUGUGUUUAUUUCUUCCCAACUUUGAUACUCACAAGACAUCUUUUUAAUUCACUCCCUUGCAAAAUGGUGGAUCAUCAUCUCAAAGCUGAUCGUGUAGUUGCUCGGGUAGAGAAGUCGGUCAAUUUGGUUAUAGGUCAUAGGCAAACACAAAGGCAGGCCGGCUCAAGGGAGUAUGAAGGUGAAUCAAAGCAGAAGUACACAACUAAGAAGAUCCCAAAAUGGAAGCAUAAUGAUUCAGAGAGAAAGAUAGGUCAAAAGCAAAACAAUGAAACACCAACUAUGAUUGUCGCUGGUGGAUGGGUCAGGCCAAAUCGAGCCAUGUGGGCUUCACCUCCAAAUUCCUCGAGCUCCAAGCCACAAAAGAAUAAUUAAUUAUUGAGAGAAGCUGGUGGUAACAUAUAUAAGAACUCAAAUUAAAUGUUCAAGUUGGGAAGUAGACAACUGUUGAGCGAGAACAAGGCCAGUCGUUUCAAAACAUCCAUUAAAAACUCAGCCAUGGAGGGUGUGGUGGCAUAUAUAUGUGUGUAGACUCUAGAUGGGUGAAUUUUAUAAGUUUAUUACAUGUAAUAUUACAUCAUGGAAGUUGAUAUGUCUAUAUAUAUAUACUGUAUAUUGCGUGCCUUUGUAAUAUAUAGAAUUCAAUAAAACCUAUCUUUUUUAUUUAUUUA